AUGGGUGGUCCACACGCUAAGACUUACAUGGGCUGGUGGGGUAGCAUCGGCUCUCCAGCUCAAAAGGGUAUCACCAUGUACUCUGUUUCUCCAUACGCUCAAAAGCCAUUGAACAACAUCUUCAACAACGCUGUUUUCAACACUUUCAGAAGAGUCAAGUCCCAAGCUUUGUACGUUAUCCUUCCAUUCUCUAUCUACUGGGCUUGGUGGGUGAACUGCAGAGACUACAAUGCAUACUUGUACACCAAGGCUGGUAGAGAAGAACUAGAAAGAGUGAACGUUUAA